AUGAAUCGCCAAACACGUAUUAUUCUGCUACUGGUCAUAGAUGUCUUGUUUUUCUUUGUGGAGCUUAUCGUCGGAUACGCCGUCGGUUCAUUGGCCCUUGUGGCGGACAGUUUCCAUAUGUUGAAUGAUGUCAUGAGUCUGGUCGUCGCCCUAUAUGCGAUUAAGCUCACCAGUCAGACAACAACUGACGCUCGUUACUCUUAUGGCUGGCAUCGCGCUGAAAUCCUUGCUGCCCUGGUGAAUGGCGUGUUCUUGCUGGCUCUUUGUUUCUCUAUUUCUCUGGAAGCGAUCGAACGAUUCUUCAGCACUCCUGAAAUCUCAAACCCCCGUCUUGUUGUGAUUGUAGGGUCAUUAGGUCUUGCAUCAAACAUCGUGGGAUUGUUCCUGUUUCACGAGCAUGGCCAUGACCACGGACACUCGCACGGCAAGGAGAGUGCUUCGUCCUCGAAGCCUGCUAGUGUCCGCUCUAACGGCGAAACCGAGAAUGACCCUAAGCGCAAAAGCGCCCAGGGGACAUUGCAACAACCUCGUUCGCGUGGCCGCUCGGACUCGCUCUCGUCAAUGUAUGGACAUCCUGCUGCUACGCGUGCAUCGAUGGUGCAAGCAGCGCAAGACAUGGCGUCCGCACGAUCCCCAUCCCCGAACGGCCGCGGUGGCAACUCUCGUGCCCGAAAGUCGCGUUCGCGCACACGUUUUGUUCCCAAUGAACCCCAGGUCCCUGAGUCCAUCGCGGGGUCAUCGACUGACCACACCCAUCGCACAGAUGAGACGACACCACUACUGUCGUCGGAGACGGCGUCAGCCUCGUCGGAGGGCUCGCACUCCGAGCAUGGGAACAGCAAGCAUGCGAGCGGCCACUCACACGGACACAGUCAUGGAUCAAUGAACAUGCACGCCCUUCUUCUGCACGUGCUAGGAGACGCGCUGGGUAACGUGGGUGUGAUUGCGACAGGUCUGAUCAUCUGGCAGACGUCGUUGUCGUGGAAGUACUACUUCGAUCCAAUGAUCAGUCUAGUGAUCACUGUGAUCAUUUUCUCGUCCGCGUUGCCUCUAGUUCGCAGCACAUCCUUCAUCUUGCUCCAGGGUGUCCCUUCGACAGUGUCAAUAGAGGAUGUCAAGGAUGCGAUACUGGCUGUAGAUGGCGUGUUGUCGCUGCAUGAACUUCACAUCUGGCAGCUCUCCGAGUCUAAGAAUGUUGCAUCUGUCCACGUCAUGACCUCGCGUAAUCACGACUUCAUGCCGGUCGCCGCGCAGAUCCGCAAGGCUCUUCACCACCAGGGCAUUCAUUCUAGUACGAUUCAGCCGGAAUAUCAUAAUCCACGCAAUCCAUUGCCAGAGGAGAGCCUCAAGACGUCAGCGGAGACAUCGUGUCUGAUCUUGUGCCCUCCCGAUGCAGAAUGCGACCAGGAAAAUGCAUGCUGCGCUCCAUCAUCAAUGGAUGUAUAA